GGGGACUAAAAUGACAUUCAACUCUUUCUAUAGGAUUAUCUUUGUUAAGUUAGGCACAAAGGAGUGAAGAACCACACUAUCUUCGUUCUUUCAUCAAUUUGGGGAAGAAAGAAGGUAAGCAGUUGGUUUCAUACUCUUGACAAGUUGCGGACUAAUUGUUGAAAAACUUGAACAAAAGGCCCCACUAAUCAAUGAUCCUUGUGCUAAUUUUCAACACUCUAUUUGUGCCUCAACCGAUGUCUUCACUAUGAAUCUUGUUCCAUUUUGAUUCAAGAUCCUCUUUUGAUUGAGUAAUUGAAGAAUUUGGGAAACUUGUAAAUAUUAUUUACCAUUGAGUUUAAUUCAUUUUUGAUGAGUAUGCUCAUAAUUGGGUUCAGCCUCUUGGAUGAUUACUGGAUUCAUCAUCUUCAUUGGUUUAUGUGGAUUCUUUGAAUUGUGUGAGAAAGUGACAAAAUAAUUAACAAGCCCGAUUCUAUACGACAUUGUGUGGUAUGGGUUGGCUAACUAAGAUUUUGAAAGGGUACGGUUUGGGCUCGGAUCAUAGAGUCACUGAAGGGCGGUAUGAUGAGAGAUAUGAAAAUGAUGGAGCUUGGGGGGACCCUCCUACUACAUCGGAUGAAUUGUUGGACUUUGAUAAUGAAGAAAUUGAUCGGGCCAUUGCACUUUCUCUUGCUGAAGAAGAUGAAAGAAAUGCGUCUUCCCUUGUAGAAGAUGAUACAAAAAGUGUUUGCUCAAGUUUAAAAGAAGAAGAGGAAGAAGAUCAAUACGAUGAAGUUACAUCUCAUUCUGAACAAGAUCAAGAUGAUGAUGAAAUUCCAUCUCAUUCUGAAGAAGAUCACAAAGGAAAAAAAGUAAUCGAUGACAAUUCGUAUCUUGAGGAAGAUGAAGAGCUCGCGAAGGCUAUUCAGCUAAGCUUAAACAUGGAUUCGCCACCAAGGAAUAACUAUGGAAGCCUAUUUCCUCGUUUGCCACAUUUCUUUCAAGGUGUAUGCAGGACAUGUGCUGGUUGCAACGGUAGAAUUGGUCAUGGGCGGUUUUUGAGUUGCAUGGGAGGCGUUUGGCAUCCAGAAUGUUUCCGUUGUCAUGCUUGCAAUUUACCAAUAUCUGAUUAUGAGUUCUCCAUGUCAGAAAAUCGCCCCUUCCACAAAUCAUGCUAUAAAGAGCACCAUCACCCAAAAUGUGACGUUUGCAAAAACUUUAUACCAACAAAUCGAGGUGGACUGAUUGAGUACCGGGCCCACCCGUUUUGGCUACAAAAGUACUGCCCGGCCCAUGAGCAUGACGGGACUCCGAGAUGUUGCAGUUGUGAAAGAAUGGAACCAAGGGACACAAGAUAUUUAUUGCUAGAUGACGGUCGAAAGCUAUGUUUGCAGUGUCUCGACUCUGCAAUAAUGGAUACUCAUGAAUGUCAACCUCUUUAUCUUGAAAUUCAGGAUUUUUAUGAAGGAUUAAAUAUGAAAAUUGAGCAACAAGUUCCGAUGUUGUUGGUUGAGAGACAAGCCCUAAAUGAAGCCAUGGAGGGUGAAAAACAAGGUCAUCAUCACUUGCCAGAAACUCGAGGACUUUGCCUUUCAGAAGAACAAACCAUCAGCACUAUAAUAAGGAGGCCAAGGGUUGGGGCAGGACGGAUAUUUGACAUGUUUACCGAGCCUUAUAAGCUAGUUCGUAGAUGUGAAGUGACAGCUAUUCUCGUUUUAUAUAGUCUUCCUAGGUUAUUAACGGGUUCAAUUCUGGCUCAUGAGAUGAUGCAUGCAUGGCUCCGGCUUAAAGGGUACUCCAAUUUGCCGCCUGAUGUUGAAGAAGGUAUCUGCCAAGUUCUUGCUCAUAUGUGGUUAGACUCGGAGAUCAUGGCUGGAGCUAGCGGUACCGCUGUUGCUUCAUCAUCUUCAUCCGCACCUGCACCUGCACCCGCAUCAUCAAAAAAAGGCAAAAGGUCUCAGUUCGAGAAGCAACUCGGUGAGUUCUUUAAACACCAGAUCGAGUCAGACACCUCUGCAGCUUAUGGUGACGGUUUCAGAGAAGGAAACAAGGCCGUGCUUAAAUACGGUCUCAGAAGCACUCUCGAUCAUAUUCGACUCACUGGACGAUUCCCUUGCUAGUUAGCUUCACCACCAAUGAGUUUUGGUAAUUAAUCAAAAAAGCAAAAUAUGAAAUUAAAUAAUCAACAAUUUGGAACGGUGACGUUACAUGAUUACCAGUUUGUGUUUUCUGUAACUGUCGAUAUAUACGGAAAAGAACAAAAUAUGAUAUAGAAAAACAUUUGUUGAAAUGAUCUUUUCAUUCUCUAGCAUAUCCAGAUAUCACCAUCAAGAUUCCUUUUCAAA